AUGCGAUUCAGAAUUCAGCAGCAAAUGCCGUUCCGGCAGCAGGUGACGCAUUUGGUACACAUCCAAACACAUUUAUCAAUGAGCGAGGGCCGUUUUGCCGAGGAAUUAUUGGUAGAAGAUUAUUUUAAAAGAUUCGAUUGGGCGUUACAACUUUCAAGAAUUCCUGUUGAUGACCACGGUACUUAUGCGCGAGUUCACAUGGGCGCAGAACUUUAUAAUGCAUUGAAAUUUUUAAUAAGUCCCCGUUCUCCGGAAAAUCUUUCGUACGCCGCAAUAAAAACGACACUAAUUGAACAUUUUGAUCACAGUAAAAAUAAAUACGCUGAAAUUAUUAAGUUCCGGCAAAUCACCCAGCAGGAAAACGAAACUGUCGCACAGUUUACUCUCCGUUUAAGACAAGGUGCGGCUCAUUGCGAAUACGGCGGAUUUUUAGAUAGAAUGCUCGUCGAGCCACUCUUACAUGGACUCCGAUCUCGAGAAAUGUGUGAAAAAGGUAUUGCUAAAAAUCCUACAAGCUUUACAGACACUUACAGAUUUGUACACGAACUGGAAGUGACACAUCACAUAAUAAAUGAAGUGAAACUUACUGCAGCGGGGUCCGCUCCAGAAACUGUCGCACAGUUUACUCUCCGUUUAAGACAAGGUGCGGCUCAUUGCGAAUACGGCGGAUUUUUAGAUAGAAUGCUCGUCGAGCCACUCUUACAUGGACUCCGAUAUCGAGAAAUGUGUGAUGAAGGUAUUGAUAAAAAUCCUACAAGCUUUACAGACGCUUACCGAAUUGUACACGAACUGGAAGCGACACAUCACAUAACAAAUGAAGUGAAACUUACUGCAGCGGGGUCCGCUCAAUCUCCGGUAGAGUCCAUGAACAAGUUAGGAUACGCAGCACCUCAGACCAGGCGCGACCAUAAGCCGUCCAUUCACAAAUCAAUGCUGGAUGACCGAGCUCCACAAGGAAGCAUACAAGGAGCGAUUGAAAACAGAAGACCCUAUUGUAAUGGAUGUGGAGGUUCCCAUUUAUGCAGUCAAUGUUUUUUCUGGGACAAAAUUUGUAGAAUUUGUAAGAAAAAAGGUCACAUAGGUCGAGUCUGUAAGUCAAGACUGACAGAAGCUAUCUCACAAAUUCAUAACUCGGAGCAACCUGUCGAAGGUAUUAAUUUCGAAAAUAUAGAUUUCAUCAAUUAUGUCAAAAAAAUCAAUGUAAUCUGCGGUGCUGAUCCAUCUGCAGCCCAUCGUAUGAUUGAAGUCCAAAUCGAUGGACACAGAAUAGAAAUGGAGCUCGAUACUGGUGCACCAUGUGCCAUAAUUAGCGAGAAAACCUUGCGAUCCAUAAAACCAAAAUUCUCACUGCUGAAAUCCGAUAGACAAUUUGCCAGUUACACUCGUCAUAAAGUCAUCUGUCUCGGACGCCUUCCUGUUCAUGCGAAGAUUGGUAAAAAGACGACAAAACUCAAUGUCUACGUAGUCAAAGGAGACUUUGAUGCUCUGUUAGGUCGGGAAUGGAUCACAUAUUUAUCAUAUUUCAUUCACGGAAUAAAUUUUGCCAAACUUUUUCCAGAACCGGAACAAGUGCACAUGAUAUCUACUGGGACACCAUGUCUAAGUCAAGAUCAAAAAAAUCGUUUGGAUCUUCUACUAGCGAAAUAUGAAAACGUCUUUAGCCCGACAGCCGGUAAACUCAAAGGGCCACCUGAAGAAUUGCACCUUAAACCAGGAGCAAGACCCGUCUUCGCAAAAACAAGAGAGAUUCCACUGGCAUUACGCGACAUGUACGCCAGAGAAAUUGUGGCGAAGAUUGCAACAGGACUCUAUUAA